AUGGAUCCUGACAAGUGCCUCAUUGUCUACGGUGAGGACCAGAGAGAGAACUUGCUGCUGACAGGUGGAAUGGAUCGAAUAAUUAGAGUCUGGAAUCUUUAUUUCCCUGGAAAAACAACAGGUAUGCUGAGAAGCCACACGGCUCCAGUGAUCUACAUCCACAUAUCUGCUGAGGAUAACAAAAUAUUUCAAAAUAUUUUCUAUGUCCACGACAACAUGAUUAAAGAUCUGCAGACCUUCAGCUGCUUGUUCACAGCCUCAUCCAAAGGCAGCAGCAUUAAGGAGGUGCUCACAGCCUGCCUCUAUCUCUCCAGCCCCUGAGCCCUGUGUGUGGCCACUGACGCCAUCACACUUCUGCACCUGAGACUGAGAGCCUAUGAAGACAGCUUCUUUCCAAUGGCCCAAAAAGGCCCAGUGGCCAUUGGAGAAGAAAGGGGCUUUGAGCAGCCCGUGUGCUGCAGGUGCAACCCAGCCUCCCUGCACGUGGUCAGCGGCUCCCAAGCAUCGGUGGUGAAAGUAUGGCACUUUGAAAGGGGAAGACAGCUGUCUGAAUUUAUUGGGACUCAUGGCAAUGCUGGGAUCACUUGUCUGAUUGACUCCAGCAGAAGAAAAUACGUUUAUGGGGACAGAGAUGGCUGCCUGAAAAUACGGAGCUAUAACAAUGGGUGUUGCCUGUAUACCCUGAAACACAAAGUGAACCAAAAUAAGUGUAUCAUCGUUGUUGGAUGGGACAGAAGAAUAAAGGUGUAUUUUGAUGCACCAUGUAACUUUCAUCACUUCUGGAAGCCACAGCCAGGCUGGCAGGAUGAUCUGAACCACAGGCAGAAGGAGGACAUCCUCUGUGUGGUCCGAUGCCCACCUUUCUUUCUUGCCACCUCCAGUUACGAUGGGGAGAUUGUCAUUUGGAAUGUCAUCUCAGGCCAGAGGCACUGCAAGCUAAACACCCCCAGCCCUUCUGACAUCCCAGAUCAUAGAGAAGUUACCACCCAGCAUCUUCCUGGGGAAGAGGCUGUGGAAGCUCAGAAAAAUGGGCGUGAGUGUGGCUUCUCCACUUGCCUGCACCAGGCACAGAGACUCUGCCUGUGGGCUCGGCCACAGCUCCUGUCUUACCGCUUCCCUCCCCCGGGUUCCGUCACUUUCUGGAGGCUGUUCGGUGGGGCUGGCCUCAUUGCAAACUUCGCUGCUUCCAGAGGAAAAACCCAGGUCAGCAGCAUCAUGGUGGCAGCAGGAGAUGCCCUUGCCUACCUGGCCAACCAGCAAGACUUUGUGCACGUCCAGGACAUCAAGGAGUAUGGCCCUCAGGGACUAGAGCUGCAGCCUCCCAGGAGUGUGACAUUCUUUAGGGCCCAUGUCAGCAUGAUGACAUGGCCAGUCAUCCACAAGUUUGGAGCUGAUAAAGAAAAGUUUCUGCAGUCAUCCUCCCUCGACUGCACUGUGCACCUGCUGAGGAGGGGCAGAGCAUACACAGGGACCUUUGGGCAGAGUAGCUCCUGUGAUAUUUUUACUCCUGCCUCCUGGAGCCACCUGAAAGUCCCCUAUGAAGUUUUGACAGAUCCCUAGAGUAUGCCUGCCCACCCAAUGCUGGAAGGGGGCGUUCCUGCUGGGCACACGGGAAAGAAGGAGCAGGAUAACAUGAUGGAGGCUGCUAGGGUCACUUGCGUGUCAGCUCUCGGGGAGAAACCAGAUUUAUCUAUUGUUGGCUCAGACUUGUUUAAUUUAAAUUUCCUUACCCAGGAAAAAGAAGGAAGGGAAGCUGCCCGAAGGAGCAUUGAUCACAUAGCAGUUUCCUUGUCUGAGUUCUAA